GCGUGGCACUCGUCGCGUGGUAGCGUGUCUUCGUAACCUCUCGGUGCGUGCACACCGGAUUGCUCGGUUAUUGAACAAGAUCUGCGGCCUCGUCUCUUUCAUUUGAUUGAGAUAGUUCAGAUGCGGCGUAGUUCCCGAAGUAGCUGCGAAAGUUGAAAUAGUUGAUUGAGGAGAAAAGGAUUCAAAAAGGAGAAAGGGUAACCUUUUGUCUUGGAUAAAAUUCCCAUCAACGGGGAAAAAAAGGAGAAGUCAACAUGGAUCUUACACUUCGUGUCAAUUCUUACGAUCCUUCGAAAGAAGUGAUAAUAAUCACCGAGCUGAUUAAAUCUCAAAGUCAGCAUAAUGUGACAGUAAUCUGGCACAAAGAAUUAGAAGAACAAGGAAGGAUUGGUUUAUAUGACAAAAGUGAUAAACUACUAGCAAAACAUCAUAACAAUAUUGCUCGUUGUUUGGCAAGAACAUUGGAUCCAGAGCUUUAUGGUGGCAAUUUGGCUCAAGAAAGGACAGAAGUUGAUCAUUGGAUAUCAUUUUCAAUUGGACUGUUGCCAGAUGUAUUGGAUUCAUCUAGUCUUGACUAUUUGGAUUGUAUACUACAAACACGGACAUGGCUUGUCAGCAAAAGGAUCACACUAGCUGAUGUUUAUGUGUUCUGUGCUCUGUUGAACAGAGAUUUUGUCAAGAUGUAUGGUAAAAAGUAUCGCAACAUCAGCAGAUGGUUCGAGCAGACAUCGAUGCAUGAAGAUGUUCGCGCGGGAUUAUAUCAGGUUGAGUCAAACAGUGUUGCACCUAUUAAGCCAGUGAUGAAUAUUAGGAAACAGGAGGGUAAAUUUAUCGAUUUACCUGGAGCAGAGAUGGGGAAGGUAGUGGUGAGAUUCCCGCCCGAGGCAAGUGGUUACUUGCAUAUCGGUCACGCCAAAGCAGCUCUCUUGAACCAAUAUUACGCUGAGACUUUCCAAGGACAACUCAUUAUGAGGUUCGACGAUACCAAUCCGGCGAAAGAAACUGUGGAAUUCGAGGACGCCAUACUGGAGGACUUGAAGUUGCUGCAAAUCAAGCCUGAUCGGUUCACGCACACCUCGGACUAUUUCAAUGUGAUAGAAAAGUACUGCACAGCUCUGAUCAAAAGUGGGCACGCGUAUGUGGACGAUACCCCGGCGCAAAUCAUGAAAGAGCAACGCGAACAAAAAGUGAAAUCGGACAACCGCGAUAACCCCGUUGAAAAAAAUCUCGCGUUAUGGGACGAGAUGCGACGCGGCACCAAGAAAGGUCAGGAGUGCUGUGUUCGAGCGAAGAUUGAUUACGAGUCGGUGAACGGAUGCAUGCGCGACCCAACAAUCUAUCGUUGCAAGUCGGAGCCUCAUCCACGUACUGGAGACAAAUACAAGGUGUAUCCCACGUACGAUUUCGCCUGUCCGAUUGUCGACUCUAUCGAGAACGUCACCCACACGCUACGCACAAUGGAGUAUCGUGACCGAGAUCCCCAGUUCUUUUGGAUACUGGAAGCUCUGGGACUCCGUAAACCGUACAUCUGGGAAUAUUCACGUCUAAAUAUGACUCACACGGUUCUGUCUAAACGAAAGCUCACGUGGUUCGUCAAUGAAGAUUUGGUGGACGGAUGGGACGACCCGCGCUUCCCGACAGUGAGAGGUAUUUUGAGACGAGGAAUGACGGUCGAGGGUUUGAAGCAAUUCAUCAUCGCGCAAGGUAGUUCCAAAUCUGUGGUCUUUAUGCAGUGGGAUAAGAUCUGGGCUUUCAACAAAAAAGUCAUCGAUCCAGUCGCUGUUCGAUACACCGCGUUGGAUAACGACAAAACCGUACCGGUUGAGGUAGUGGACGCUAAGGAAGAAUGGUUAACUGUGCAAAAUCAUCCUAAAGAUCCGUCCAAAGGUUCUAAGCGGGUGCGAGUGGGUCCUAAGAUACUUAUAGAGAAGGACGAUGCCGAGAGUUUGGUCGAGGGACAAAACACGACCUUUAUUAGCUGGGGUAAUCUAAUGAUAAAGAAGAUCGAGAAGAAGAACGGUGUCGUUGUGAGUGUGCAGGCGUCGUUGAAUCUGAACGACAAGAAUUACAAAGACACCUUGAAAAUUACGUGGUUGGCUGCGCCAUUGGCAGCUGAAUCCGGCACUGAGAAGGUGGAAGACGCUAACGCGAUAUCAUGUUAUGCUGUUUACUUCGAUCACAUCAUGAGCGUGCCGAUCCUAGGCAAAGAUGACGACUUCAAGGACUUUGUCGCAAAGGACACGAGAAAAGAGGUCGAGAUGCUGGGCGAGGUGGAGCUCAAGCGCGUGAAGAAGGGAGAGAUAAUCGAACUUCGAAGAAAAGGUUUCUUCAUAUGCGACGUUCCUUAUGCACAAGUCAGUCCUUACUCGUCGCGAGAGCAGCCCGUCAUAUUGUUCCAUAUACCCGACGGACGCAUGGCAGCGCCUUCUAAAACUCCGGUCGCAAAUACUGUUGUUACUGUAGCAAACGUAACUGCACCAAGCAUUAAUGUAGCCAAAGAUCAAAUAACGAAUGAGCAAACGAACGCGCACGUUAUCAACGAGAAAAUUAUCGCCCAAGGAGAUAAAGUACGACGUUUGAAAGCCGAGAAGGCGGACAAAGCUACUGUCAGUGCCGAAGUUAAGGUUCUCUUGGCUUUGAAAGCAGAAUAUAAGACCAGCACUGGGGAGGAUUGGAAACCUGGUGUUGUCCCUGAAGCACCGAAAACUGAGAAAAAUGACACGGCAGAGCUGUCAAAGGAAAUUGCUCAGCAGCAGAAUAAAAUCGCCGAGCUACAGAAACAGAUGGACGAGGAGUUGAAGAAAUUGCAAGAUCUAGAGGCCAAACGUAACAAGGAAACCGACGAAAGCAAUCAGAAAGAUCUCACGCAGAAGCGACAAGACAAUAAGGCGAAACAGAUGAAAAGCGGUAAAGAGAAACCAAUUCAAACUGCCGUGACUAAUACCAACGAUACGAAGACAGAUAAUAAAGAAGUAGCAGAUAGAGUAUCUCAAGAAAUACAGAAGCAAGGUGACAAAGUGCGGAGUCUGAAGAGCUCGAAAGCUGAAAAGAGCGUGAUCGAUCGGGAGGUGAAGGUUCUUCUAUCCCUGAAGAGCGAUUACAAGAACGUGACCGGUCAGGAUUGGAAACCCGCGGUGUCGUCGGACACAACGCCUAAGAAGAAGAAGAAAGAAGAGCAAACUAAGCCUGGUAAAACGGCGGAGAAGGAAGUCGCAAAAGCGGCCACGAAGGACACGAGCAAAACCGGCACGAGAUUGGGACUGGAAGUGAAGAAAUUGGAGAAUUUCUUUGACUGGUACUCCCAAGUCAUCACGAAGAGCGGCAUGAUCGAGUAUUACGACGUGUCUGGAUGCUACGUCCUCCGUCCGUGGAGCUUCGCGAUAUGGAAGAUCGUGAAGGAGUACAUCGACCGGGACAUCACCGCGCUCGGCGUGCAAGAAUGCUACUUCCCGAUCUUCGUGACUCGUUCCGUGCUGGAGAAAGAGAAGGCACAUAUCGCCGACUUCGCGCCGGAGGUUGCCUGGGUGACGAAGUGCGGCGAGUCGGAUCUGGCGGAACCGGUGGCGAUACGACCUACUUCCGAAACCGUCAUGUAUCCGGCUUACGCCAAGUGGUUGAGGUCGGACACCGAGUUGCCGCUCAAGCUCAAUCAGUGGAACAACGUUGUGAGAUGGGAAUUCAAAGAUCCCAAACCGUUUCUACGUACCCGAGAAUUUCUGUGGCAAGAAGGCCAUACCGCCUUUGCCACGAAGGAAGAAGCGGACGAAGAAGUUUUAGUCAUUUUGGACUUGUAUAGAAGAGUCUACGAAGAUCUGCUGGCGGUGCCUGUCGUAAAGGGCAGGAAGACGGAGAAGGAGAAGUUUGCCGGUGGCGAUUACACCACUACCGUCGAGGCCUUCAUCUCAGUGAGCGGACGUGCGAUACAAGGCGCGACCAGUCAUCAUCUAGGCCAAAACUUCUCGAAGAUGUUCAGUAUUCAGGUGGAAGGCGCCACAGAAAGCGACGAGAAGACGUUUGUCUAUCAGAAUUCGUGGGGCCUAACUACGCGGACGAUUGGAGUCAUGAUAAUGGUGCACGGAGACGAUAGAGGUUUAGUAUUACCGCCGAUGGUGGCGACCAUUCAAGCUAUCGUCGUUCCAUGCGGCAUCACUGCGAGCACGACAACGGAGCAGAGAGAACAGCUUCAGUCCGAGUGCGUUAAGCUGCUCGACGAACUGAGCAAGAGCGGUAAAUUCAGGGUGAAGGGAGACUUUAGGAGCAACCGUACGCCUGGAUGGAAGUUCAAUCAUUGGGAACUGAGGGGGGUGCCUGUAAGAAUAGAAUUAGGCCCGGCGGAAGUAGAGAAACAUCAGGUCACGUUUGUGUGUAGAGACAACUUGGAAAGACAUACUACUUCGAGGGAUCAAGUGAUUCAGGCGUUGGAUUCCUUGCUAAAAGAUAUACAGUCGAGAUUACUCAGCAAUGCGAGGAAAGAUCUCGAUGCGCACAUCAAGCGAGCUGAAACUUGGGCUGAUUUUCGUCAUCAGCUCAAUAACAAUAAUUUGUUAUUGUCACCCUUCUGCGGAGAGUCGGCCUGCGAGGAUAAGAUCAAAGCGGACAGCGCAAGAGAGGUUAGUGACGAGGAGGUUGGAGGGCUGUCGAUGGGCGCGAAGAGUCUCUGCAUACCUUUCCAACAGCCGGAGUUGACUAAACCACUGAACGAGAUGAGGUGCAUUCAUGAAAGUUGCAAGAACAAACCGAAGUUUUAUACUCUUUUCGGACGUAGCUAUUAAAACGUCGAUGAAAACGAAGUUGAAUGAAAUGAAGAAUCAGUCUAUUUCGAGUUCAUUUUGAUACGUGAGUGAUACGUGAAUUUUACAAUCGAUUGUAUAAUGAUUCGAAGAUUACGCCGAGAUUAUAGUCGCAUUUUUAAUUUAAUUCGUAUGAUUACGACAUAUAUAUCAGUUGUAUUUUCUGUUAUACCUUCCAGAUUCUUUAAAAUACAAUAAAUCAUCCGAUAUCGACCAUUA